CGCGUUGCCCCGGGUAACCGGGGGCGCCCGCGGGGCGGGGACGUGCCGGUUCGAGAUGGCGCAGGACCUGGACGAGCUGCUGGACGAGGUCGAGUCCAAGUUCUGCCGGGCCGAACCGCCGAAAUCGGGCUCGGCCGAGCGGCCCACGGGCAGCGGCGCCGACGGCCGGGACCGGAAGCGGGCCGAGACCAAGCCGGAGACCAGAUCAACAGAGACAUUUCAAAAAGAAGAUGAUCUUGACAGUCUGAUUCACGAAAUCUUUGAAGAGCCCGACUUUGGAAAGAAAACCUUUAAACUGAAGUCGAAAUGUUCAGGUCACACAGCUGUCCCGGACCCCGUCCAAGGCCUCAGUAAACGCUGCAGCCCCGUGUACCUGGGCGGCUCGGGGUCGCCACGCGGGAUCGGAACCAGCACCUCCCCCAGAGCGUGCGACCACCUGCGCUGCGUGGCCUGUGAUUUCCGGGUCGCCAGCUUCGACGACUACGCCUGGGACCGGACCUGUGAUUACCUGUUCUUCAGGAACAACAUGCCCGACGCCCAGAAGCUCGCAGGCAAGCUGGUGCGCAAGCCGGGGAGCCGCGCCUACGCCUGCCAGUGCCGCUGGAGGAGCGUGGACGCGCCCACCGCCCUGCACAGCGACCCCGAGCUCCGCUGGGUCUGCGGGAAACACUGA